GUUCAACAUACCAUGAACAUACAUUCUUCUUUGGAUUUGUGGCUUGUCGGAUUUCGUUAACAUCAAAUAAAUAGUUACUUCCAUAAUACCCAGCUCGGGCAGAGGGAGUCUCUCAUUUGUUACUGUUCAAGUCGUCAAGAUGGCUCCGAAACCUAAGCCAACUGAUAAAGCAGGUAAGCCUGCAGAGAAAAAGGCAGAGAAGAAGCCAGAGAAAAAGGCAGAGAAGAGACCAGCUACAGCACCAGCAGGUCCAUCAGCAUCAACUUCCACUGCCAAGGCAGCAAAGCCUGCUGCAGAAAAGCCAGCAGCAGCACCAAAAGCAGCAGCUGCCAAAUCUGCAGCAGCUAAACCUACUGGAGCCAAACCCACUACAGAUAAACCAGCUGCAGCCAAAUCUCCUGCAGCCAAACCCACUGCAGGCAAGCCUGCUGCAGCCAAAUCACCUGCAGCUAAACCCGCUGCAGCCAAACCCACUGCAGCCAAACCUGCUGCAGCUAAACCCGCUGCAGCCAAACCCGCUGCAGCCAAACCUGCUGCAGCCAAACCCGCUGCUCCCAAGCCUGCUGCCAAGUCAGCAGCAAAGCCUUCUGUAAAGUCUGCAGGGAAGCCUACACCUAAAGCUCUUGCAAAGGCUGGAAGUAAACCUGCAGCCAAACCUAGUGGAAAGCCUACAGGAAAGGUCCCAGUCAAAGGAACAGCAAAGAAGGUUGAGAAACCAAAGAGGGAUGUUGCUCCAAAGUCACAGAAGGGUGGAAAGGUUAUUAAACCAGCGCUGCAAAAGGCACUCAAGGCACAGAAGAAGGUUAUCAAGGGUUUACAUGGAACACGUAUUAGGAAGGUGAGGACUUCGGUUCACUUCCGCCGUCCUAAGACAUUCCGCCCUCCGAGAAACCCAAAGUACCCCAGAAAGUCUGUUCCAAAACGAAAUCGUAUGGAUGCUUUCAAUAUCAUCAAAUUUCCAUUGACAACUGAAGCUGCAAUGAAGAAAAUUGAAGACAACAAUACACUGGUAUUUAUUGUGCACAUCCGUGCUAAUAAACAUCAUGUCCGAGCAGCAGUGAAGAAACUAUACGAUAUUGAUGUAGCCAAGGUCAAUACUUUAAUCAGGCCUGAUGGAAAGAAGAAAGCAUAUGUGAGAUUGGCUCGUGAUUAUGAUGCCCUUGAUGUUGCCAACAAAAUAGGCAUAAUCUAAAUUUAUGGUCUUGUACAUUAUAUGUAAUUCUUUGGUUCACAAUAUAUGAGAGAAAAUAUGUUUUUAUAUUA